GGGGACGUUGACAAGUGGAUCCAAGAUGGCGUAGAAAGUAAUGACAGGAAUCGGAUGAAGUAAUUCAUCACUAAUGAACUACCGUGCUGGGGGGGAUGUGCAAGAAAUUAUAAAGAGAUCUGAUGGGCUAUUUGGGUGAUACCCAGUGCAGUGAACUGCAGGAUUUUUGUCCCUGAGUCAUGGAAGACAGAAGAGCCGAAAAGUCAUGUGAAGAAGCGUGUGAGUCACUGAAGAGGCAGGACUAUGACAUGGCCCUCCAGCAUUGCACAGAGGCCCUGCUUUCUCUUGGCCAGUACUCCAUGGCAGACUUUGCAGGGCCAUGUCCCUUGGAGAUAGAGCGCAUCAAAAUCGAGAGUCUUCUUUACAGAAUUGCCUCAUUCUUGCAACUGAAAAACUACGGGCAAGCUGAUGAAGAUUGUAGGCAUGUACUGGGGGAAGGACUGGCCAAAGGAGAGGGUGCCUUCCGGGCAGUGCUGUGCUGCAUGCAGCUGAAAGGGAAGCUCCAGCUUGUGUCCUCCAUCCUUGCCAAGUCACUGUCAGGAGAGUCUCUGAAUGGGAUGGUAACAAAAGAUUUGACAAGACUGAAGACGCUUCUCAUGGAGACAGAGACAGCUCCAAGUAGUGUUCUCUCUGGAUGUCAUGUGGAAGACUUAGAUGAAGGGUCUUGUAACGGUUGGCAUUUUCGGCCGCCACCCAGGGGAAUCACAAGCAGCGAGGAAUAUACUUUGUGUAAAAGGUUUUUAGAGCAAGGAAUUUGUAGGUAUGGUGCACAGUGUACUUCAGCACAUUCCCAGGAAGAAUUAGCAGAGUGGCAGAAAAGAUACGCCUCACGGUUAAUAAAACUGAAGCAGCAAAAUGAGAAUAAACAGCUCUCAGGCAGCUACAUGGAAACCUUGAUUGAAAAGUGGAUGAGCUCACUGUCUCCUGAGAAAGUGCUCAGCGAGUGCAUAGAGGGAGUUGAGGUGGAGCAUAGCCCUGACCUGUUGGUCACCGUCAACACCAAAAAAUCCCACCAGACAUGGACCUUUGCUCUGACCUGUAAGCCUGCAAGAAUGCUGUAUCGGGUAGCAUUGCUUUAUGAUGCUCAUCGUCCUCAUUUUAGUAUCAUUGCCAUAUCUGCCGGAGAUAGUACUACCCAGGUAUCACAAGAAGUCCCCGAAAACUGUCAAGAAUGGAUAGGAGGAAAGAUGGCCCAAAAUGGAUUAGAUCAUUACGUGUAUAAAGUCGGGAUAGCAUUUAACACAGAAAUAUUUGGAACUUUUCGCCAAACCAUAGUUUUCGACUUUGGAUUGGAGCCAGUACUCAUGCAAAGAGUAAUGAUUGAUGCAGCUUCUACAGAAGAUCUUGAGUACCUGAUGCAUGCAAAACAGCAACUGGUGACCACAGCCAAGCGCUGGGAUGCUUCCUCUAAGACUAUCGUAGAUUUCGAACCUAAUGAAACUACUGAUUUGGAGAAGAGCCUUCUGAUCAGAUACCAAAUUCCUCUUUCUGCUGACCAGCUGUUUACACAGUCCGUUUUAGACAAAUCAUUGACCAAGGCAAACUAUCAGUCACGGUUGCACGACCUGCUUUAUAUUGAGGAGAUAGCCCAGUAUAAAGAAGUCAGCAAGUUCAACCUUAAAGUGCAAUUGCAGAUUUUAGCAAGCUUCAUGCUCACUGGAGUUUCUGGGGGUGCAAAGUAUGCUCAGAAUGGACAACUUUUUGGUCGUUUUAAGCUUACUGAAACCCUUUCUGAAGAUACUUUGGCUGGACGACUGGUGAUGACCAAAGUCAAUGCUGUUUAUUUAUUACCAGUCCCUAAAGAGAAGCUAGUACAGAACCAGGGAACCAAAGAGAAGGUUUAUGAAGCUACUAUUGAAGAAAAAACAAAAGAUUAUAUAUUUUUAAGGAUAUCCAGGGAAUGCUGUGAAGAGCUUAAUCUUCGGCCUGACUGUGACACACAGGUUGAACUUCAGUUUCAGUUGAAUCGACUACCCCUCUGUGAAAUGCAUUAUGCACUAGACAGAAUUAAGGACAAUGAUGUUUUGUUUCCUGACAUCAGUAUGACUCCUACCAUACCUUGGAGUCCCAACAGACAGUGGGAUGAGCAAUUAGAUCCUCGACUAAAUGCAAAACAGAAAGAAGCUGUCCUGGCCAUCACCACUCCUCUCUCCAUCCAGCUGCCGCCUGUUCUCAUCAUCGGACCCUACGGGACAGGCAAAACCUUCACCCUGGCUCAGGCCGUCAAGCACAUCUUGCAGCAGCAGGAGACCAGCAGGAUUCUCAUUUGCACCCAUUCUAAUAGUGCUGCUGACCUCUACAUAAAGGAUUAUUUACAUCCAUAUGUAGAAGCAGGCAAUCCCCAGGCAAGACCUCUCAGGGUGUAUUUCCGAAACCGCUGGGUGAAGACUGUCCACCCGGUUGUGCAUCAGUACUGUUUGAUUGCAAGCGCACACUCCACCUUCCAGAUGCCCCAGAAGGAAGACAUCCUUAAACAUCGAGUGGUAGUGGUCACACUGAAUACUUCCCAGUACCUCUGCCAGCUGGACCUUGAACCCGGGUUCUUUACGCACAUUCUGUUAGAUGAAGCUGCCCAGGCCAUGGAGUGUGAGACCAUUAUGCCUCUAGCCUUAGCAACUAAGAACACACGGAUUGUUUUGGCUGGUGAUCAUAUGCAGCUCAGUCCUUUUGUUUACAGCGAGUUUGCCAGGGAGAGAAACCUUCAUGUUUCGUUACUUGAUCGACUCUACGAGCAUUACCCUGCCGAGUUUCCAUGUAGGAUCCUCCUCUGUGAGAACUACCGCUCCCAUGAAGCUAUCAUCAACUAUACCUCUGAGCUUUUCUAUGAGGGUAAACUGAUGGCCAGUGGAAAGCAGCCAGCACACAAGGACUUCUACCCACUAACAUUUUUUACAGCACGAGGGGAAGAUGUACAAGAAAAAAAUAGCACAGCUUUUUAUAACAAUGCAGAGGUAUUUGAAGUCGUGGAACGUGUAGAGGAGCUAAGAAGGAAGUGGCCAGUAGCAUGGGGGAAGUUAGAUGACGGCAGUAUUGGUGUGGUGACUCCAUAUGCUGAUCAGGUGUUUAGGAUACGUGCUGAACUUCGGAAAAAGAGACUAUCUGAUGUGAAUGUAGAAAGGGUGCUAAAUGUUCAAGGAAAGCAAUUCAGAGUUCUGUUUCUUAGCACAGUGCGUACACGCCACACUUGCAAGCAUAAGCAGACACCAAUUAAAAAGAAAGAGCAACUUCUGGAAGACUCCACUGAGGACUUAGAUUAUGGUUUUUUAUCUAACUACAAACUUCUCAAUACUGCCAUCACAAGAGCACAGUCCCUGGUUGCUGUGGUGGGAGACCCCAUUGCUCUGUGCUCUGUCGGAAGGUGUAGGAAGUUUUGGGAGCGAUUUAUUGCCCUGUGUCAUGAAAAUCAUAGUCUACACGGGAUCACAUUUGAACAGAUCAAGGCCCAGCUAGAGGCUUUAGAACUCAAGAAGACAUAUGUAUUGAAUCCACUGGCUCCUGAAUUUAUCCCUCGGGCUUUACGACUGCAGCACUCAGGAAACAGCAGCAGACAGCAGCAGUCACCACCCAAGGGAAAAAGCCUUCAUCAUCCUCAGAGCGACCAUUUCCAAAAUGAUGGCAUUGUUCAACCCAAUCCUUCUGUACUUAUUGGCAAUCCUAUUAGAGCAUAUACUCCUCCACCCCCUCUUGGACCUCACCCAAGUUUGGGAAAAUCUCCAAGCCCCGUUCAAAGAAUAGAUCCUCACACUGGGACAAGUAUUCUUUAUGUACCUGAUGUCUAUGGAGGGAAUGUAGUCAUGUCGGUGCCUUUGCCUGUACCAUGGACAGGAUACCAGGGUAGGUUUGCAGUUGAUCCUCGGAUUAUUACACACCCAGCAGCGAUGGCCUACAAUAUGAACCUGUUACAUACGCAUGGACGUGGGUCACCGAUCCCUUAUGGCCUUGGACAUCACCCACCUGUCAACAUAGGGCAGCCGCAGAAUCAGCAUGUAGAGAAGGAUCAACAAGAGCAAAGUCGAAACGGUAAAACUGAUACAAGUAACCCUGGAACUGAAAUUAAUAAGAUCCGAACACCAGAGAAAAAACCUACAGAGCUCAAACAGGUUGAUUUGGAAUCAAAUCCACAGAACAGAAGUCCUGAAUCCCGUCCCAGCGUUGUUUAUUCCAAUACCAAAUUUCCUCGAAAAGAUAAUCUCAACCCAAGACACAUAAAUCUUCCUCUUCCUGCACCACACACACAGUAUGCAAUCCCUACCCGCCAUUUUCAUCCACUUCCUCAGCUACCAAGGCCGCCACCAUUUCCUAUUCCUCAGCAGCAUACCUUGUUAAAUCAGCAACAGAAUAAUUUGCCUGACCAACCAAAUCAGGUGGCACCCCAGCCAAAUCAGGUGACACCUCAGCCAAAUCAGGUGACACCUCAGCCAAAUCAGGUGGUCCAGCAACAAAGCCAGGCACCUCCACAGGCCCCGCAGCCACCUCCUCAACUCUCUCCUGCAUUUCAGGCGGGGCCCACCAAUGCAUUUUUCAAUAAUGCAGUUGCUCACCGACCACAGUCUCCUCCAGCUGCAGAGGCUGUGGUUCCCGAGCAGCAGCCAUCUCCCGUGCUUCCUGACAGUCACAGUCCACUGAGAGCCAUCACACAGCCUGGUCCCAUCCUAGCGUCACCUCUGAACAACUUUGUUGAUGAGAACUCCCCAGGAUUGCCUAUAGGAGAAGCUUUGGAUCGAGUACAUGGAAGUGUAGCUCUGGAGACACUGAGGCAGCAGCAGGCGCGGCUACAGCAGUGGAGUGAGCACCAUGCCUAUCUCAGCCAGGGCAGCAUUCCGUAUCCACACCAUCCCCAUCCUCACCUCCCGCAUCUUCCCCAGCCACCCAUUUUCCUCCACCAGCCACCAGUGAGGGCAGAGUGGAAACUGGCCAGCAGAGUUGACGAUGAAGUGGAGACAACGUUCUCGAGGUUUCAGGACUUACUCAGAGAGCUGUCUCAUCGUGAUCAAGGUGACACUCGAGAGCUAGCUGAAAUGCCACCGCCUCAAUCAAGACUUUUGCAAUACAGACAAGUUCAGACUAGAAGCCCACCAGCAGUCCCGUCUCCCCCUUCCAUCACAGACCUCAGUAGCCACUUUUCUAACUGUAACGACAACAGCAGAGACAUUGAAGUAGCCAACAGCCCAGCAUUCCCACAACGCCUCCCACCUCAGCUCUUCAGCUCCCCCUUUUCGGUGACAUCUGAACACCUUGCUCCACCUCCCCUGAAAUACCUGGCUCCUGAAGGAGCAUGGAAUUUUGCUAACUUGCAACAGAAUCACUUAAUAGGGCCGGGCUUUCCCUAUGGCCUACCUCCAUUGCCUCCCAGGCCACCACAGAACCCUUUUAUACACAUACAGAACCAUCAACACGCUAUUGGUCAAGAGCCAUUUCACCCACUGUCAUCUCGCACAGUAUCUUCUUCUUCGCUCCCCAGCCUAGAAGAGUAUGAGCCCAGAGGACCUGGUCGGCCCUUGUACCAAAGAAGAAUUUCAUCUAGCUCAGCCCAGCCUUGUGCGGAAGAGGCAAGUGCUCCCCAAGGCAGUCUGGCUCAGGGCAAAGAACUGCAGGACCACAGCCGCCCGCCUGCUUUCAGCUUCCCAGCCCCUGAGUCCUGGGCUAACACCACCUCGUCUACCCCCUACCAGAACAUUCCGUGCAAUGGACCCAGCAGAACUGCUCAGCCCAGAGAGUUGAUAGCGCCACCCAAGACUGUCAAACCCGUUGAGGAUCAGCUGAAGCCUGACAGCGCGGAGGUGUCCAGUUCCUUCAACUACACGGUGCUGCAGCACCUCGGCCAGUUCCCACCCCUCAUGCCCAACAAACAGAUCGCAGAGUCGGCCAACAGCAGCAGCCAGCAGAGCCCGGCAGGGAGCAAGCCCGCCAUGUCCUAUGCCAGUGCUCUGCGGGCCCCGCCCAAGCCCAGGCCACCACCCGAGCAGGCCAAGAAGGGCAGCGACCCGCUGUCCCUGUUCCAGGAGCUCAGUCUGGGCAGCAGCCCGGGCAGCAAUGGCUUCUACUCCUACUUCAAGUGACUGCGCUCUCAGAGUGUUCAGUUCCUAUUUGUUAGUAGAGUUGAGGUGGCAGGCUCCUCUGUGUGCAGCCCUCUGCCCAACGUUGACCGCGCUCUCAGACCCUUGCUGCUAGACCUGCGCCUAAGUUUAAAAGUAUAUCCCAUUAUUUUGCAUUUUUGAUGUGAGUCAGAACUUUGACAGCUUUUAUGUAGAAUAAAAAUAUUUUUAAAUUUGUGUAUUGUUACAUAUGUUUGCAUCAAGCUAGCAGCUAAGAGGUUAAUUGUGCAACUAUAAAAAAAGAAAAAGAAAAAAGUUUGUCUAAAAUGUAUUUAAAAAGAAAAAAAUGUUAAGUAGCAUUUACAUUUAUUCGAUAAUAUUACCAUAUGCUGGGUUUCUGUACCAGAAAUGGCCAGUUGAUGUACAAAUGGAUGUUAUUUUUGCUUAAAUUCAUUUAAAAUUUUUUUUAAAUAAAGGGGCAGCAUCUUCUAAAUACUUUAUCAGUUUUUUUUUUUUUUUUUUGUGACAGGAUGCUGCAUUCUAAAACUUUCAGAGUUUUAGACUAUCUGUGACAUGCUGUUCUCUCCAUCAGUGUAGGGUAGAGGUCAAGGCCUUCUUUACCCAUGUAUUCUAUAUGCCACUGGGUUUUGAAAUGUGAAAAAAAAAAGAAAGAAAGCAAAAGAAAAAAAAAACCCACAGGAAAAAAAACCCCAAAACCUAGUGGCAUACUUAGUUUUGGUUUGGUUUGUUUUUUUGAGAAGCAACACUUUUAGUUUGUUUUUAAUGUUAAUUUGAUAGUGUUUUUUUUUUUUUUAACAAAUCAUGAAGCUGAAAAAUUUUUAGGAUUGUUGGUGCUUAGUAGACUUGAUAACUAUUUUAAAACUGCGUGAAUUUAGUGAGACAAAACCUUCUUUUUCAUUCUGCAUGUGUAAUGUUUGUAGCCUGGCCUCUCCUCCAGGGCAGAAAGGACUGUGCUGACUAAAGGUUUGGCUUUCUUUUCCUCCAGUGAAAAUCUUGGUACCUUCUUUGAUGUUUACAUUAAGAUAUGACAUUACACAUGGUAAGUCUAAGAUAUUUCUAGUUGUUCUGUUUGAGGAAGAUCAUUAAAGGAAAAAGAAAGUUUGUCCAAAAAUUGAUCAAAUCUGGGGCAUGUUUCAUAUCUUUUGAUUCUUCUGAAGUUCCCCCUUGAACUCAUUAACAGCUGUCUGCAGUAGUCCCCAGCCUGACAGUUGUUUCGGGUGACGUUGAGAGGGAGGAAGAAGUUUCUGUCCUUCCCAUGUGUUCUUUAAUGCAUUUGAAGUAAUGAAUGUCAUUGUUUCUGACCCAGUAGCUCUAAUUUUGUAUUUCUGAGAUAUCUUGAGACACAAUAUAUAUAUAUAUUUUCUUUUUAAAUUAAGAUGAGCCCAGGGGAUAUUUCAGAAGAGCCCAACCUUCCCGGUGAUCAUUCAAGCAUAGUUUUCUGGAAGGUUAUUUUGAAAGUGGCAAGGGGAAGGUGGAAUUACAUCUGUGUGACUAGGAGUUAGUCUAUGGCAGCCAUCUCCAGCCUCCUGGAACUCCCAGACAGUGUGGGAUAAAAGGCGGCCUUGGAUAAGGACUAGCCAACUCCAGGAUCAAUGACGGCCACCUCUCUAAUUUAGUUCCCUCUUUGUGUUCAGGACUGAGCCAUUGCUGCCUGGCUUCCGGUCUCAGACUGAGCACUCUUUUGAGGUGGCAGAUGUGGACCUACAAACUGGAGAUAUGUUAAUGGAUAUUACACAUCACAGCAGGGAAGUGGAGCUAGUGGGCCAGGGUACCACGCUCUGUGCGUGAUGUGACAUCCCCAUGUAUUUUGGGUGUGUUUUAGGCUAAACAAGACAGCUUUUGCCACAGGACUGGUUUUCUAACUCUGUGCCCAAACAAGAAGUAGGACCCCCCCCCCCCCAUGACGAGGCUGUCCAUCCCAUCGUGACAGCCCCUGCCCGCACACAUGCAGACCCACAGGACAGCAGCACACGCUGGGCAAGUGCUCAGAGCCAUUUUGCUAAUUCAGAUGGAACUAUGCUGUCAACUCCCAGUUCACCUCUCGUCAGCGGAAUAUUGCCUAGUUUUCUUUUCUCAUACUUGAACCUUUAAAAAAAUAUCAGUUUUUAAAUUAUUUAUAUUUAGCUAAAGUCACCUGUGCUGUGCCCUAUCAUCUUAUAGAGAAACACUGAUGGUGGGGUGCCUGGAUGAGGAACCCAUCAGGUUGCAGCGACAUUCUCCAAGUGGUUAUUUCUAAGAAAUGACACUAGCUACUCCCUAGGUGACUGUCUGAGUGUUCCCAUCUCUUCCUUUUUCUGCAGCAGGUAGAGGAUUUGUCUCUGUGUUUUCAUGUUCUGCAUACAGUGCGUUUUUGAACCCAGCUCCCUCCUGUCUUCCUGUCUGGACUCAAAGGAGCCUAUGACUUAAGCCCAGCAUCUUGUAACAGUCUUCAGCAGUCUUACCAGAACCAUUGUGAGUUCUCACUGCUGCUCUUCGCUGUUACUUGGGUAUUUUGGCAGGGUUAGUUAGUGUCAUGAUAUAGCUUAUUUCACUCAUUAGAUUCAACUUUAGAGCUCAGAUGGAACAUACAUACGUGUGUGUGUGUUGUGUAUAUAUAUAUAUGUUUGUUUACAUACAUAAGCACACUUUUUUUUUUUAAAGAAAACUUGAUAGCUCUGUGAUGCUCUUUUCUUCUGGGUGGAUUUCUUCUGAGGUCAUUUUAUGAUUUCUUUCAUUUGUUUGUUUGUUUGUUUUUAUCAGUGGAGUUUUGUUGUCCUUGCCAGUACUGUUUUUACAGUACACCACAACUUGAGAUAUUUCUUUUCCCUCCUCCCUUCUUUCCUCCCUCCCUCCCUCCGUCCAUCCCUCCUUUCCUUCAUCUUUUUCUUUCUUUCUCUUUUAGGUGAUAAUUCAUGCUAAGUUUGGUCCCCCUUUCCCUCUUGAUCUAAAAAUGGAUUCCUGUUGAAUCUGACCAGCCUCAUUCCUGUGUCAUGGAUAUUUUCUGGUGUGUUUUCUUCAAAGAAGCCCAUUCUAGCUCUGCCAUUGCUAAUCAUAACAUCUUGUUUUGAUCAGUCCGUGGUUAAUUACUGACCAUUCAGACUAACGACCUCAGUCUUCCUGGCCUCACACAGACAUGCUUUCUGUGUGGGCCGCCUUGCGUGCGGAACGCAUCCAACUGCCUGGUGUGGGUUAUUUUUGUAUCGUUUGGUUCUAAUCAAGAUUCUAGGAUGAGUUCAGGUUUGGUCUGAGCGUAAACUGAUCUUUUCUGUUCAGAGAACUGCAGGGUAAGUUAAGCAGAAAUCUUGUGAAAUAAGCAUUACCCAAUUAAACACAGCUGUCCCUUGAGCCUAUUUAGGGAAGAGGGUUCCUUGUUUCUGAAGGCAUUGCAGUCCUGAAGAAGCUAACUGGCUUUAACCAGUUGUAUUGCCCUAGUGUAGCCGAUGGUUCUGUUGGAUUGUUUUUAUUCCAAGAGCACAACUGAAAACCUAAAAGAACGUAUCUCUAACCACUGUGACUAAGGGUGUAAACAAUUGUAGGUCAAAUCUGAGUAUUUCAACUAUUGUCAUGGAAUAAGUUAGAUGUCCUUAAAUAGUUGAUUUUUAGGAGACGCCCAUGUGUGAAAGAUGCCAUGCGUGAAAUCAUUGCAUAGUGGAGAGUUUUGUUAAUAGAAAAAUUCUAUAAAAAUGAAAGAUUCAAACUUCCCAUAUAGUAAAACAUAUACAUUACUCCUUUCAAAUCUUACUAGACUGUUCAUCCUUCCCCGCCCACCUUCCCCACUUCCUCAGAGUUCAGCUUGCCAUUUCGCUGUAAGUCGACAAUGUUUUUCUUGCCUUCCCUUCGGCAUAUGGAAACCGUGCUUCUACCAGAAACAAAAACAUACAGGUACACAUGUCUUGGUAGCUCUGGCUUGUCUUCUGAUCGCCGUUCAGACUGCCUAGAAAAGAGAACGGUGCGUUGGCCACUUCUUGUUCCGAAGAUCACUUAGUAUGUCCCCCAUCAUCGUGUGCCCAGACAGAGCUCACACCAUGUCGGUCUGCAGGGCGCUCACAUUCCCUUUGAGACUCGACAACAAGGCUGCUAGAUUCACAAUUGCCAGCUUGAUCCCUGUUUAAUAUGCAAUCCCAAGACCGCUGAAGGGGGGAUCUUCACUAGAAUUUAAUGUCCUACUAUGAUAUCAGAAAAGUGGCAUUAUGUCAUUGACUCUAAGCUAGAAUAUCAGGUUGAACCUUUUUUUUUUUUUUAAGUUUUAGUGUAACAUUCAGACAUUCGAACCUACUAAAAAUACUCUACUGCUUUGGAGUGAUCUUUAAAGAAGGCCUCAUCGAAAGGGAGGUACCGAGUAGAAUCUAGACGUAGGCUUGUGAGCCACUGUUAAAUCCCAGCCCAUUUCUACAGUGGGAGCCUACAGCUUUCUGAAGUGAGUUUCAAGAAGUAUCCCAUGUGUCUUGUCGUUUCAGUCAUGAGCGUGGUAGACCAGACUUUACUUGCAAUUUGUUCAACAGAGAGAUUUUAUUUUGAUACAAAUAUUAAACAUAAAGCAUAGUAAGUUUUAUAUAAUUCUAUGAGUUCAUUAAACAAUAUUAUGAGAUUUUUCAGUAUGUUUUCGGGGGUCUUUUUGGCUAUUUCUACCUCAUAUGAGGUCUGUACUUUAUUUAGCAUACUAGCAUGUGGUUGCCUGCCUUAGAAUGAUGUAUGGGAGGGGAAAUCAAUAUUACCUUCUAAGAAAUUUUGAUUUUUAUGGAAUAUUGUUUUAGUAUUUUAAUGUUUGAAAGUAAGGGGGAAAGGGUGGCAAAUUACAUAUAGUGAUAGCUAUUUACAAAUCUGUCAUAUUUUAAGAUUUUGAAAUUGUGAGCAAGAUAGAGCAAAAAAGAAAAAGAAAGUGAUUGUGAAACUGAAUGGCCUCAGCUUCCCCUGGACGGGUUGUUGACGUACAGAAGACCCCUUCCCCACCCCAGGGGGCCCACCACAGCUGUCCAGGGACCCCACUGGUCUAGAGAAAGUCGGAGCAUUUUCCAUCUCUUUACUCUUGGGUCAUUUUAAUAAUUCUGAUCCCAUAAGUGGCCCAUUCAUGGAAAAAGCUCUCUCUACCUUUGGGAUCUCUGCCGCUUCUCAUUAGGGUGCAGGGGCUUUCAUGUCUAGGGUGAGUUUGUCAUUAAGGGCGGAGCUGCCUGGCUGUUACCUGGAAGCUGUGCGUUUGUGAGAUGUGCUUAGAGUCAACCUUUGUGGAAAGAAGCCAUCGGGUGCCCCGAGAGUGCAUUCGCACUUAUCGAGGCUCUUAGUGCAGGAGUCCCUGUCCGAGGGUGGCAGUGACGUGGAGCAACAGAAACAUAGUCCCCGAAUAAUGGAGUCUAGAGCUUUUAAUCCUUCUUGUUUGGUAUGUGUGUUGGGGGCUAGGGCAAAGAAUUUACUUUCAUAUUAUAUGUUUCUCAGGUUAACAAAGUUCUUUGGGUUCUCUGCCAUGCCAGCAGUGGUAGGGAGAACAUGGGUAUUGUAUAUGGCGGAGAAAAAGCAAUUGUUUCUGAUUCCCUUGCUACCUUGAAGAACUCUGUAUGUUUGCAGAAGAGUUGAGGGGAGCACACCACCUCCACAGCAUGAGUGGCCCCUAAGUCAUAGCAGACAUGGGUGAGCAAGUUACUGUUGAGAAAGAAACUGCCUACCACAGAAUAAACCUGACAGGUCUUUGGAUAUUUUCACAUUUGUGGGUUGUGUUUAACAUUGAGCCUGGGCUGCAGCUCUGCGGAUAUUGGGCUCCGCUUCUCUUUUUUCGUUUGGCUUUGAAUUUACUGUUACUAGCAAGAAAACAAAUCUAUGUUUAAGGUAAUAGAGUGUAGAAAGGCAUAGGUGUAGAGGUAUAAUCCAUAGUGGCCAUCCUAGAAUGCAGUUUUAGAAUUCUUAGCCCCCAGUACUUACUCCCUGAAAGGUCUGGAAGCUUUAGCUGCGGAUUGCUGGCGUGCCCAGCACAGCUUCCUCUAUGCACUCCCAGCUUAUGAGGGAUUUUGGUUUAUUUGUGAUUUGUCUUGCAUGAUACCACUUUGUAUCUUUCAGGAGGUCUGAGGACUCUCUCGUCCAGGUUAAAGUCCCAGAGCGUCAGUUAUAGCUGAGACUGUUUCUCAGUAACACCCCUUCCCACACACACAGAGGAAGGGGCCUGCUCCUAUAAAUCCGUCUUUAAGACAUUAUAUACAUCAAGUACUGUAUUUGGUCUCUGUGCCAGCCAUCUGACCCAAUUCUUUGAAAACCAUAAAGGUAACAGUUAUAUGUAAUGCUAGCAUCCCUGGUGAAUAGAGUGGUUCAGAUACUUUCUCUAAAUUAUAAAGCUAAUAGGGUUUGCAUUUUAGUAAAGAGUCCUAAUCGUUAGUGACACAGGGUCUUUCUAAUGUUUUUUAAAAACUACAAUUCUCUAAAUGGCCAGCGGUGGAUAGAGUCAUGUAGUAGACUCAUUCUGGGUCUUCUCCUGGGAAAACCUCUGUGAGGGAGGCCACGUAAAACGCGCCCUGGUCCAUGUCUCUUGCAAGCACCACUUAUGCAGCAUCUGGUUACGCAUAAUCUCUGGCAAAAGUAAUAACAAUGACUACGUUCCGUUUCGGUCUAUCAUACCUCAUGUGGGAGGCCCUAAUACCUAAAGAGUUUAUUCUUAAAAGUCAAGAUGAUUUUGUAUCAUAGAGAACCCCAAAGCUGUCCUCCAAGGCUUUUCUUUUCUCCUUUCUUUGUCUUUCCUAACUUGGUUUUUGGAAUCCCCUUAGCUUAUGCUACUUCCUUAGGACAUGUUUUGAGCCCAGGAGUCUAUGGUGUGAUCAUUGUCAGUGAAGUUCUUUUGUUUUAAAAGAUUCAUGGUAACACAAAAUGUAUUUUACU